AUGGCCAGCCCAGAACAUGAAGCUGUUGUAUCAGUACUUUUUCAAAUUUUUAUUAUCCCUAAUGGCGCAUCAGAUGUUACAAUCUAUCCAAAUGUAGCACAUAUCCCGAGACCUACUAUUCAGCAUCCCGGGCCUCCCCCCAGUGACGCCAGACUAUGGACGCGUCAAACACCAGCACCACCAGGGAGUACACCAGUAGCAGGACUAACAGGAGUAUCUGUCCAAGAAUGGGAUUUCGGUACUCUACAAUUUAAUAGUAAUAACCCUACAGGUUGCACAGGUCCGAACAUUCCUGCCUACCAAGUCAAUAUCCCAGUAUUAGACGUUUUCUGGGAUCCACCAAUUGUUGCAGGAACUCCAAAUGCUAUUGGGUAUACUAUAAUAGUCCCUCCCGCAAUCACCGCCAAUAAUUUCGUUAUUGAUUUAUAUGAUAUUCAACAAGAAAUUUUAGCAACCCA